AUGUCAACCGAAGACAUAAACUCUAUAAAGAAGUUUCUAAAAUUUCAAAAGAUGCAUAAGAGUCUACCCUCUUCAAUCCCAAUCCAAAUGGGUUUAGAUUCAAAAGCUUAUAAGUUAAUUGUAUCUCGAAUUGGUGGACUCAGACGUCCUUAAAAUCCUGUGUUGAAUUUACAAUUCUCAGUUGCUGCCAACUUUUUUAUUUAAAACUAACAAGGAGAAAAAUGCUUUUUUGGACGAACAUAUAAUAGUCCUCGUUUAAAUGUGGAAUUUGGACCUGAUGGAGUAAAUUAUGAACAUCCAAUUAUACCAAUCUAUUAUCAUACUAGAAUUCUAAAUAAUAAAGAAAUGCCACUCUUAAUUAUUCUAGAAAUAUAAUCAUAUGAAACACAAUAAGAUUUAGUAUUAAAACGCAUGCAUUUAGGUUGGUGUGAAUUAUAAGCAUUAACUAUUACUACAUAAUCAACUAAACUCAAUUUUAGAAAGGGAAGUCCAAGAAUUUUAUUAUUGGGUUAAUAAGUUAAUUUUGAAUCUUCAGGCAUCUCAGUAACAUGUGAUCUAGUGCAAAGUGAAGAAUUUCAAAUAAGUAUGCAUUUAUCACCAGAAAAUGCAUUAUGUGGAUUGGGAGAUGAAUUACCAGGACUUAAAAAGAGUUUUGUUGGAGGAGAUUUUGAAUUAUAGAGAAGUAUGGUUGUAUUCAUGAGUAAAAUACAAGUGUUAAUACCAGAUACUAUGGAAGCAGAUAUAUAUAGAUAAGUAUAGAAAUAUAGGACUUAUAAAUACAGAACUGCUGAUGAUUAUAAAGGUGAUAUUUAGAUAAUAAAUAAAAGAUUGAUAGUUGCAUUUCAUAAUGGUUGGACAUUUAUAAAUACAAGAGGAACAAAUAAUUUUGUACCUCUUGGAGAAACAAGAAUGUUAGUUAAUGAAUUUGUUGAUUAGAAAUAAAUUCAAUACAAAUAAUUAGUAUAUCAUGGUGUAAUUGAUAUAAACAAUGUUUGUUCAACUGAUCCAACUGUUAAUUCAGGCAUGCUUGUAGCUUAAUUAGAAUAUGAAGCUAUGUUCUUAGUAUCAAAUUUAACUAAAGAGACUAUGUAAUUAACACUUGGAUGGAUUCCAAUAUACAUUAAUAAUAAAUUUGGUGCUGAUGAAGUUUUGGAAGAAGAUUUUAUUAUUGGACCAGGAAAAACAUUAGAUGGAAGACCAUUAGUAUCAUUUUAGAAUCCUGAUUCAUCUAUUAAAUUGAAAGGGAGUCUUAAUCUUUCAGGUGGUGGAUUUUAAAUCUAAGAUUUAUAUAUGGGUGCAGCUUAAUAAUAAUAAGUUCCUUAAUAGUAAGGAUUCUAAUAAGGUCCUUUAUAAUAAGGAUUGUAAUAAUAAUCUAAUUAGAAUUAAAAUUAAUCACUUUAAUAAUAGUUUUAAAAUAAGUAAGAAUAAUAGGUAAGAGGAUCAGAUAUAGAUAUAAGAACAUAGGUAAAAUUGAAAGAUUUUGAAUAACAGUUAUUGAGAUUAUAAGAGGAAAAUGAACGAUUGAGAAGAUUGGCAAUUUAAUAAACAGCAGACCCUUAAAAAUAAUAAGAAUAUUUAUAAGCAAUUGAAAAAUUAAGAGAAGAAAAUAGAUUAUUAUAAUUUACUUAAGCUAGAUAAUUUGAAGGGUUAGAGAAAUUAAUUAAAGAUUAAAAAACAGUUGAUAGAACUGCUGCUCCCCCAGUUGUUUUGGCUGAGGCAAAACCAUAAAAUACAGUUAUUAAACCUAUAGAUUCUUAUGCAUAUCCUGUACCUUCAGCUAAUUUGAAACCAAUAACUCGUACAGAUGUUACAGCUUUAGUUGAUGAUCCAAUAUCAAUAGAUUAAGAAAAUAGAUUGAUGGCACUUGAAAUGUAAGAUGAAAGGAAAGAUUAAAUAAUUGUGAUAUAGCCAGUGUCAAUGAAAUAAAUUUUAGGACCAUAUCCUAUUUGUAAAUCAAUUUAAAUAGGAAUUAUAUUCUAUGAUUUAUAAACAUUUAAAUCGCCAUUUUUAAAUUUAGAGUAUUAUAAUGAUGAAAGAAAUUUUAAAUACAAUUUAGAGAAUGGUAAUCCUCUUAGGUUAUUGUAUAAUAAUGAGGUUUUCAGUUGUAAAUUUAAUAUUGAAACUUCAUUAUAAAGAUAUGCAAAUUUAGAAUAAGAUUUUGCAAGAUAUUUAUUUAAUAAAAAUUUAAUUUUAGAUAUUUGGGAUAGUGAGAGUCUAUUUCUAUUUGGUAGUAUUAGAAUACCAUUAAGAGGUAUAAUGAGAGGAGGUAAACAGAAUGCAUAAAUAAUGGCUGAUGUUGAAAUUUUUGAUCCUUAAUCAAAGAAAGUUAAAGGAACUUUAUAGAUUGUUAUUAAAAAUAUUGGCAAGAUUGGUUAAUAAGAUAUGAGUAAAACAGUUCAAUUGGAAAAUACAUAAAAUGGAUUUCAGAAAAAGAAAUUAGUAUCUGAAAAACCAGUAAAUAGAAUGGAUGUUCCUGCAUAAGCUUUUGAUGGAAAUAGUAUAUAGGACAGAAUAAAAAAGAUUAAAUAAUCAAAUUUAUAAGAAAUGAUUAAAAAUAAAUAAAGUUAAUAAAGAUCAUUAAAUGAAGUAUUAAAAUAUAAAGAAAUAAAAAAACCAUCAUUAGUAAGAACUAUAAUGUAAGGAUUCUUAUAAAAUGAGAAAGUAGUUCAUUCAUUUUAUGGAAAAUGUGAAAUUGUACCUCUUUAUUUUAAAAAUACUCACCCAAAACCAGAAUAAUUCACUGUAAAUAUAGAGGAUCCAGAAAGCAGAAUGUUAGAAUAUUAAGAAUUCUUCUUGAUUGGCAAUCCAGCUGAAUGGAAAUAUUGGGUUACUAAUAAUAAAUAUCCAGAACCUGAAAAUUAUGAUUUAAUUAGAAUGAAAGAAAAUUAAGGAAAAACUUAAUAUUAUUUUAUUUUAGAUCCUAAUUAAGAAGUUACUUUAUUAUUUAAAUUUAUAAGUUUUAGAUAAUAUGAUUAUAGAGUAGAUGAUCAUGAAAGAACUCCUGAAUAUAUUAAAAAAUAUAUGUAAUCUCGUCACAUAACUAUUUUAUUAUAAUAGGAUGGUAAGAUGAUGGAUGGAUUACGUAUAAUAGUAGAACCUCAUUAAUAACCAAUAGAUCAUGUACUUAGAUUUUAUGAAAGAGAAAAUCGUUAAACUAGACUUGUCAUACCUAGAUUAUUCAAUUAACCAUUAUAAUAAUAACCUCAUGUACAUAUUACUGAUCCUGAUGUAAUGAUAGAAUGGUCAUCUGAUUUUAAUUCAAUUAGAUUGAAUCUUAGAAUAGGAGAACCUUAAAGUGUUAAGAUAUUCAACAUUUUAUUGUAUUAAGAUUAAUAUCAACAUAAAAUAAUAGCUAAUUGGAAGAUAGAAGUUUAUAGUUUAUCUACAAUAGAUAUUGAAGUUCCAUUAGGUUAAAGAGUGUGUACUAAAAUAACAUUUCCUUGUGAUAUUACUCGUAUUAUUAAAAUGACAUCAUCUAAUAAAAUGGUAUCAUUUGUUAAACCUUUUGAUUCUGAAAUUACAAUGUUACCAGGUAAAAUAAAUUUAGUUCCCAUUAAUAUUUUGGCUCUUUAAAUUGGAAAACAUAUAAUUAAAUUGAAUGGAGUAGACAUUCAUUCUCAAGAAUUAAUUUAUUCUUGGUUAGUGAAUGUUCAUGCUUAACCUUAACCUCCAAGUGCGACUUAUGAUUUGAGGUUUUUAUUUAUUAAUCUUUUAGAUGUAUAGAUGGAAGAGAAUCUCGUCAUCAAGUCAAUUACAAAAAUUAAGUUAAUUACACUACAUAAUAUAAUAUUGUAUCUUCAAGUGAAUUUGUCAAAGUAUUCAUUUAUCAUUAUGUCUAAUAUAGAUAAUUGAUCAUAGUAUCUCUACAGGACCUAAUGAAAUUGUUCAGUUUAAAAUCAGAGUCUUACCAGGUAGUGAAGAACUAGUACACAUCUUCAUUACUGACAUUGAUGAAAGAAUAUUUGAUGUCAUUGUACUCAAUAUCAAAUAUGUUUAUUGA